GAGACUAAAUGAUUAAACCCUGGAUAGGAUAAUUAUAUUGAAGUUGCACGGCAACCAAGGUCGAGUCAGAAUACCUUGAAUUGAUUUAUAAAUAAAUAAAAUUGUAGUGUCACAAUGACAUCAAAAAUCAUCAAAAAUCCUCAAAUGAAUACGCAGCGUUUUGAUGUCACUUCUAGGGUCUGGUACAUACAUACAACGAUCCUUACGAUCCUUACGAUCCAAGUGGAGGAAGCUCAAGCCCCAAGCUCCAAGCACCAAGCCCCAAAUUCCCGGAGUACGGGAGAACAGGGCGAACGCGGCUAAUCACGUGACGUUACGGAACCCGAAGAGCCAUUUUGGAACUUCAAUUCUUCUAAAAUCGUACCAAUCGUACAAUCGACAUUACGACUCACAACAGCCUUUCCAUACCGCCGAACGCACGCGCCAAUAGUCAUCAUGGCCUCCUACCCGAGUCUUGCGCCUUUCGUACUCAAGCGACCGUGGUUGACGAAGCUGCUCACCCCCGUCGCCAGUUGGUAUAGUAGGGCCGCCGGCUACCGCCAGCUUGGUCUCCGAGCCGAUGACCUGAUUUGCGAGGAGGAUGAGACAGUUAUUAAGGCAUUGAAGCGCCUGCCGCCGAAGGAAGCCUACGACCGUGUCUAUCGACUUCGACGUGCAUUCCAAUGCAGCACUACCCACAAGCUGCUACCCAAGGAAGAAUGGACAAAAGAGACGGAUGAUGUUCCGUAUCUACAACCAUUAAUCGACCAGAUUCAUGCCGAAGAGAAGGAGAGGAAUGCUCUGGAUUCGAUGACUGUUAUCCGAAACCAUUAAACCGAGCAGGUACAAAUUAUAUCAGACAAGCAUAACGGCAAACUUGUACCAUAAACACUUGCGCCUACUAGAGGAGUAGAAUGGUUGGACAGACUCGCCAGCGGCAGAGUCCAGGUGUAGCAAUAAUUUGACCGUCGCCAAACGUCACCCUGUCUCUGUAUAUACCUAGACGUCUUUGCCCUCUACCCGAGCAGUAUUAUUUUAGUGUUGACGUUGAUGGUUCGCGUUAGUCCCACACUCGGCGCUUGGUUUGGUGGUGAACCGUAACGCAACUGCUACAUACAUAGACAGACUUACAAGCUCAUGCUUUGACAAACCUGUCUCCAUCAUUCGGAAACUAGUAAUCUAAAUAACUUCGUAAGUCUAGCAUUGUUACGUGUACUGAAAGGUAAAGAAUCAGCAUCAUGAUCAACAAAUAGC